UAAAAAGUUCACCCCUUGAUUUGGACGCAACGUCUUUGUAUGUAUUUGUGCCCACAAAAAAACCUCGAAUAUUAUUCUCAAAUGUGUUUGCCGGGUGACCUGUCACAUGAGAACUAUACGAUAUCAUGUCUCCACACCUCACGGAACAGUUAAGGGAGAGGAUUAUUGUCUGGCAUUUUCAGCGACAGAAGAAAAUUGCUGAAAUAGCUCAACUUGCUGGGUGCAGUUGGCGAAGUAUCUACAAAAUUUUGACACUUCACCGAGAUUUUGGACAGACAAGAAAUCCAUUUGUUCGUCGUCGUAGCAAGCCUCGUACUCUCAACCAACAGAACCUGUCAUUUAUCACAUUCAUUCUCGAUGCCAAUCCAACCCUAUUCCUUGACGAAAUUCAAGAGCAGCUGCUUGAAGCACGAAAUGUUGAAGUCUCGAUUCCCACGCUCUCGCGCAGCCUUCAUCGGCUUGCACGCACAAACGGACAUCAAAGGCAGCAGCAGAGCGAAAUGAGUUGCUGCGUGCAAUAUUGCAAUAUGGCUGGCAGAAAUUUAUGAGCACUUGUCAAAGAAAAAUGAAGACUAUUCAAUCAGCUUAAAACGAGGCUUGGUGUCCGAUCGAUACUGCGCAGUAUGACAGUGGCCGUUGUGGUUAGGGUUAGAGGUGU